GGAUCACGUGCCAAGCCCGCUCUUCAAAAAAGUCAUUACAACAGAAAAUAAAAUAAUUAAAAAACAAAAGAAAAAUAACUCCCCGUCUGUAGAGAGAGACAGAAAGAGGAGAGAGAGAGAGGGAGAGGAGAGAGAGGGGGGAGAGAGAGAGAGAAUGGGUAAGGUAGUGGAGAAGAAGAAGAAGAAGAAAGGACGACCUUCUCUGUUGGAUCUCCAAAAGCGCAGUCUCAGACAACAACAGCAGCAGCAAGAAGAAAACCUACACACCAACAACAAACCCAAUUCCAAUCCCUAUUCAAACCCUAAUUACAGAGCUACCUCUCUAUCCUCCCGCCGAUCCACUCGCCGGAACCCUAACCCCGACCCCCCCGACCCCCAUGACGCUGAAGAUGACGACGAAUCCACCGGUGGCAAGCGCCGGGAGAAGAAGCUCAAGUUCGUCCUCCGACUCCAGAGAUCCUCCACCAAUUCGGCCUCUCUUAAUUCCGGUUCUGGCGCUUCCGAUUCGAACCCGGAGGAAGAAGUGGCCGCCACGAAUCACAAGAAGCGCAAGAUCAAUGCGAUUGGCGGCGGAUCUGAUCAUGGAAACACCGAAAAGGGAGAAAAGCCUAUUCAUGGUACAAACCCCACAAGUACCCACCAAGGGACCCAGCUGGAUUCUGGACCCUCAACACCUUUACCGGAUAAAAAGUUGUUGGUGUUCGUUCUGGACAGGCUUCAAAAGAAGGACACCUAUGGCGUGUUUUCAGAACCAGUGGACCCAAAAGAGCUUCCAGACUACCACGAUGUCAUAGAGCACCCUAUGGAUUUUGCAACUGUCAGGAAGAAACUUUCUGGUGGAGCUUAUGCUAACUUGGAACAGUUUGAGAAAGAUAUUUUCUUAAUUUGUUCAAAUGCUAUGCAAUAUAAUGCCCCCGACACAAUAUAUUUCCGGCAGGCACGAUCCAUACAAGAACUAGCAAAAAAGAAUUUUGAAAAUCUAAGGCAAGAUAGUGAUGAUAAUGAACCAGAACAAGAACCCAAAAUAGUAAGGAGAGGCAGACCACCAACGAAGAACCUAAAGAAACCCUUGGGCAGGCCUGCCUUGGAGCGGGUGGGCUCGGAGUUCUCAUCUGACACAACCCUGGCUACUGGGGGAGAAAACUCUUCUUUACCCCACUAUGAUCUGAGAAAAGGACCUUUGUUAGACAAGAGUGGUCCUGCUGAUUCAUCAGGACGAGGCUUCCACGGGUCUCGCAACAGUGAUGCUUUUACCAAUUGGUUGGCUGAACAAAAAUCAGAGAGGCAUGAUGAUUUCACAGGCUCCAUGUUGAAGGGAAAUUUAGUGAAGCAUGGAAAGAAACAACUAGUUCUUGACGAGAACAGGCGUAACACGUACAAGCAAUAUCUUCCAUCUGCUGGUGGACCGGAGUCAUCUGUGCUGACCACAUUUGAUGGAGAGAAAAAGCAGUUGAUGGCUGUGGGGCUUCACUCAGAAUUUGGUUAUGCAAGAAGCCUAGGUCGUUUUGCUGCAUCUCUGGGACCUGUUGCUUGGAAAAUUGCUUCAAAGAAGAUUGAAAGGUCCUUGCCUGCGGGAGUCAAGUUUGGGCCUGGAUGGGUUGGAGAAAGUGAAGCCAUGCCUCAGAGGUUGCCACCCCUACCAUCAGCCCCUUUGGUUCAGCCAUCGCCAUCUCAGCCUGGAAAUUCAUACUCUUCAACUCAAACUUCCACUGUAGAAUCAAAAGGAAAUGAAUCAUUAGAGGGGCUUGAAGGAGAUGAAUCAUCUAAAAAUGAUAUGCCUUCCACCCUUCCAGUACCAGAUGGUCAUUCCAGCAAGGUUUUCCCUUCAUCUGCUGCUGCCCCCUCCACACCCAUUGUUGGACAUAGACCUUCCAAUCUCAGUGCUGAAAGUGAAGAAGCUGUUCGAGGAUUUAAUUCCUAUGCUGGGUUAAAUGUUGGGUCAGCGAGGCCCUGGCCUCCCUCCCAGAUUCAUCAGAUGAAUCCAGUAGUUCGCCCUGGCAUGAAUGGCUUUAAUGGUACUUUUGGGUUUAAUUUUCCUGCUCAAAUGGGGAAACUCAUUGGGGCAGCCCGUCCACCAGGGUUCAACCUGCAGUCUUCUCCGACACCUGACAUGAUGUCCAGAACCAACUCUAACCCUGUCCAUGUGAUGACUGCUGCUAACGGUUUGAGUUCACAAGAACCGAAUUUGCCAGAAACUUCAAGUACAAUUAAUUCAAGUAGUUCUUUGCCAAAUUCGGGGCGUGAAGGAUUCACAGCCCAAAGAGCAGGGUUCCAUCCACGCCCAUCGUGGCAGGGAUCAUCAACCCAACAGAAACCAGAUUCUGUUCCACCAGAUUUGAACGUCAUAUUUCAGUCGCAAGGGUCUCCUAGUUCGAGUCGGGUUGAUUCAACACACCCAGAUUUAGCAUUGCAGCUCUGAAAAUAAUCUGAGUUAUUUAAUUGGUUUUUCCCCUCUUCAAUGAAGUUAACCAUAGGAUGGUGGGUUCUGGUGAUGAGCCACGCCUAACUGUAUUUUAUUAGUGUAGGUGGUUCUUGUACAGAUUAAUGUAUCCUAAUUUUCAGUGUUAGGUGCAUAAGCAGAAAGGUGUUAUUUGUAACAUUGGGAAGUCAUGAUUUAGCAAGAGUACUUCAUUGUUAUGUCUGUUGCUUGAAAUUGACAUAGCAGAGGAUUCUAAUAAAAUAGAAUGUGUCAAAAAA